AUGUCUCCAAUAAAUUCAAUCUUUCAAAAUGGUGGAGGAGGAUCAGAUUCUUCUAACUAUGAAUCAGCAGUUCAAGAUAUCGAACAAGAAAAGAAAAUGGUGGCUGCUUUGAAAAGAUUAUCUUUAGGUCAUACAAUGCAAUAUGAUCCUGAUUUACUUCCUGGUUCUAUGGAUGCUAUAGAUCCAUUUGGUUCUAAUAAUGGUUUCUAUGAUGAAGAUUUAAUUCCUCAACAUAAUAUGUCUAAUAUGAAAAAAGUAUCUAGUCCUACCAAACUUUCACAUCAAACGGAAGAAGAUACCAAUUUGAAGGAUGAAGUUCAAGUUGAUGACGAUUCAACUGAAGCUAUUCUUGAUUCUUCACAAAUAUGGGUACCUGCAAAUAUGCAUCCACAAGUUAAUCCAGAAUCAUUUAAAUCAUUAAUUAAAUCUCAAGUUGAAGAAAUUUUGGAAAGAAGAUUAUCAAAAUCUUCCAAUAUCUCAAAAAAAUCAUCAUUAUCACGUCAAUCAUCACUUGCUGAUGAACAUGAGAAACGAGAAAGACUGGAAUCUAUCUCUCCGACAAAAGAAUUCAAUAUUGAUGACGAUUUUGUUUUGGUUUCACCUAGAAAGUCUGAACUUUCAAGUACAUCAUCUCAAUCAUCUUCAGCAUCACCAGUGAAAGGUUCAAAACGUGAUUCUUGGAAUAGUAAUCGAUUUCUGAAUCCUUCUUUACGUGAUUUAACAAAUGAAUUGGAACAAUUAUCAAGACGUGCAGGUAUGGAUAAAAAAGAUACAGUAACAUUAGCAAGAACUUUAUCAACUGCAGCUUUAGGAUAUACUGAUGUUGAAAAAAUGGCUAUGGACGAAAUGACAGGUACAACGGGAUCAGUAGCAGGAUCAACAUCUUCUUCACAAGAUAGUAACGGGGGUAAUCUGUCAUUUUCAAGUACUUUACAAUUGCAACAACGUUUACAGCAGCAAUUUCAAGAAUCACAAAUCAAAGCAGAAAGAGAAGCAGAACAGAGAUUAAUAUCACGUCAGGAAUUACCUCCAGUUGAUAUUCAAAGUCAAGAUUUUGCAUUAAAAAGAAGUAGAAGAACUAAUUAUAGGAAAACACCCGGAUCAACUAGUCCAAAUUUGAAAUCAAAAUCACAACCACAACCAACAAGAAAACCAAGUGCUCGUGAUUCUCAAAUAUUAUUUAGUUAUAAGAGACCAAGUGAUUCUGUAAGUACAACAGUCACAGGACAUAGAGCACUGCAUAACAAUACAACAGAUGAAGCCGAGAUUCCUUAUACUGGGAUUGAUGGACCUUAUCCAACAUCUACAAGACCUAUGAGUUUCGAUCGUAUGGGACCUAAAAAGUCAUCAUCAAGACAUCCAGAAUAUCAUCAAGAUGGAAGACCCAGGAAAACAUCACAAGAAUACCCCGAUAGACGGGAAAUGAAACAAGGAUCACCAGAAUAUGGCGAGGUUCAUUCGAGACAACAUUCUCAAGAACAACUUCCUAAUCGUGGCCAAAAGUCUCCAGAACAACACUAUCCACAACAACAUAAAUCGAGACUGAGCCAUCACCAUCAUGUCCUGUCACGUCAUAAUCAACAAGAUCAAUCUGAAUAUAAUAAUGGAUUUGAUGAAAAGAAAAUCCCAUCGGCCACAAAUGCAGAUUUUAUGAAUAUGGCAAUUCCACAUGGAUUCCCAUCUUCAAGAAGACAUCAUCGUCAAAGAAGUCCUGGAAAUACUGGAAAACCAUUACCUGAUAUCCAACCGCAUCAGAAUUCUCCAAUUGACGGUCAAUAUCCACCUUCUGGACAUUCACAAUACCAUGGACCAUAUCAGAAAUCGUCCUCUCGUCAUAGUCAUCAUCAACAAAUACAACAACAAUCGGUGCCAUAUCCACAACAACAACAUCAAUUCCGCCUUCAACAUCCUGCAGGACAGCCUCCGAAAUCACCAACUGAAAGUUCUCACCAGUUUCCCCAACGUUCUCCAACCCAAGGCGGUGUAUCUAGUUUUCAAAAACAUCAUCCAGGUCAAUCUCAACAAGUACAAACACCACCUGCAUCACAACAUAAGAAUAAUCAUCAUCCUCAUCCUCAUCAUUAUCAAAAGAGAUUGCAUCAACCAUAUAGACCAAUUCCAUUAAAAUCCCAUCAAUUGAAUGAGAAUUUAGAUUUAUUACGGUCGGAAAUUAAUGAAUUUAAAGAAAGUUUGAAUAGAUCUGAAUCGGGUAGUAGUAAGAGAAUAGUUUCAGAAGCUGAGAGAGAACAACAACAUCGUCAUCAUCACCAUCAGAGACCGGAAGUUAAUGGAUAUCAUAGAGACCAGCAUCGUAGACAGCAACAACAGGUUGUUGUGGAACCUACGGAGGAAUUAGUCAGGGAAGAACCUAGGGAAGAGGCUAGUCAGCCACCAACUCCGACAGAUAUCAGUUUUGACGUGAGUUAUCAAGACCUUUCGAUUGAAGAUCAACUCGGACUUGAGAAACAAGCCUUGAAAGAAUUGGGAAGACUCCAACCAGAAGAAUCAGAAGCAUCGGAACAGAUCGUGUUUAAUGGACACCUUAUUGAUGAUGAUAAGAAUGUGGAUGAUUCUCUGUUUGUGUUUGAUAUCAAUCAUGAUAGUCUUGGUGAUAUUGCUGUGGUUGAUCAUGAUGCUGAUGAGGAUUUGGAUCUUUCUGAUGAAGAAAAUGAGAAUGAGGAUGAUGAUGAUGAUGAGAUGGGACAUGAGACAUUGCUUGAGCUUGAGAUUGAAGGACAGCAGAUUUUGGAUAAGGAAGAAGAACCCGAUAUGAAUUCGAAUUCGAAGAUAUUGGAGAAUAUUCAAGUUGCGAACAGACCACAACUAAAACAAGAGCGAAAACCAUCUUUGCAUGAUCCGAUUGUGGGUGUGAAUGUUUCAGAACCAUUGCCGCUUGAUUUAGAAUUAGAUUUUGAUUUUGAGGAAGAAGAGGAAACAAAGAAGAAGACAAAGAGUGAGGAUAUGUCAAUACGUAAAGAUAAAUUACGUAAGAAGGAAUCAAAAGUUAAGAUUAAAUUAUUUAAUAAGGAUCCGAAUUUGGAAAUUAUUGAUUCUGAUAAUUAUAAAGAAAAGAUGAAUAUGAAGGAAUCUAAGAAACAUAAAGAUACAACCAGUUCUUCUUCUGAUCAAAAGACUGUUAAGAAAUCGAAAUCAUUUGGAUUGUUAACCAACCAUCAUCAUCUGACUCCAACAUCGCCAGAGAACGACAGUGGAGAGAAGAAGGUCAAGAAGAAGAAAUCUUGGGGUUGGUUACGUGAAAGAUCAGCCAGUGUUUCAAGUGUAGAUAUGAACAAUUUACCACCACUUCCAGAAACCAAAAAGACACCAAUUAGAUCAGUCUCAUCUCCAGAAGUCACAUUAUAUCAACAACAAGCACAAGCUGAACCAAGACUUAGUCUUGAAGAACAAUCAAAAGAGAAUGUUAUUUCUAAAUUAUUCAAAAAGAAAUCACCAUCUUCAGCAGCUGCGUCUAUUCAUUCAGGUGAAGGUAGAUCAAGUAUCGAGAGUGAUGCUGAACAUCAAGAUUCAAAGGUUGUCAAGAAGAAAGCUAGUAAGCUGUUAUUCAAGAAGAGAUCCAAAGUCAGAUUAGUCAAGGAACAUCAUAGUGCUAAGAAAGAACAAGCCGUUUUCCAACAUGGCAAUCGAGACUCUUCCGAAGAAAAGAGUCGUCAUCAAUCAAGUGUAGAGGAUAAGGAGAAUUUAGAAGCUGAACUUAAGAGAAUGAAAGAACAACAAUAUCGUGAACAACAAGCAUAUGAGAAGAAGAAAUUACAACAACAUGCCCUAGUUGCUCAAGAUAAACAAGAUGAACCUGACAAGGCAAGUAGUUCACCUGAAGCACAAGUUACGAUUGAAAUUCAAGAUUUACAACCGGAAUCAGAAUCAACUCCGAAGAAGUCAAGAUUAUUUUCCAAGAAAAAUAAACUGAGCGAUGAUCAUCAUGAUGAGAAGAAUAAACAGGAACAACAAUCUAAAGAGCAAACUACCGAUGCUGGUGGAGAUAAUAAUAACAAUAAUAAACAAGAAAGAUCAGAAGAACAGGAGAAAUUGGACAUUCAAGAAAAAUUACGAAAAUCAAUCAAACGAACCUCCAAAGCCAAUCAACCUAUAGAAUUCACCGAUUCUGCAUUUGGAUUCCCAUUACCUCCACCAUCAAAUUCGACAUUGGUCAUGCUUGAUUAUAGAUUCCCCGUACAUGUUGAACGAGCAAUUUAUCGAUUGUCUCAUUUAAAAUUGGCAAAUCCCAAACGAUCCUUACGUGAACAAGUCUUGUUAUCUAAUUUCAUGUAUGCUUAUUUAAAUUUAGUUGAUCAUACUUUACAUUUAGAACAACAGAUGGGAACUGAUGAUAGUAAGACUGCGGAUGAUAUAGAGGGUGAUGAUGAUCGAGAUGGAGAUGAUGAAGAGGAUGAAGAUGUUAAGGAUUCUGUAUUUGGUGAGAAUAAUAUGAUACUUGAUGAUGAUAUUGAACCGGAUAAUGAUGCUAUGGAUUUAGAAAUGGUUGAGUUUGGAAAUAAUGCACAUGCUAAUGCUGCACGUAUAGAGGUUUAA